AUGAGCACUCGCCAACAACUCGACGCCUACCAGGCCUUUAUGGAUCGUUUCGCCGCUACCCUCUCUCAGCAGAGGGAUACCCCCCGUCAAGUGUCGUCCAUGGGUUUUGGGGCCCUGGCAAUUACCGACGGUUCGCCCUCUGUCGGCGCUCCUGUCACUGGAGCUCCUGCCGCGGUUCCCUCUGUCCCUGUGUCCCCCGCUACUGCGCCGACCCCUCUCUCUUCUGGCCAGCAGGAGGUCAGACCUGCUCCUGUUGGCCCUUCGCAACCUUCGGGUCAGUCCGCCACUGUGGUGGAAAUUGAUGAUGACGACGAGGAGAUGGAUGUCGUCAGUAGUGACGAAGAGACGGGUGAUGUUGUUGGUGAUGAGAGAACGGGUGGUGCAGGUGGUGAUGAUGAAGAAAUGGGUGAUGUAGAUGAAGAAACGUAUGAUGUUGAUCUUGGUGACGAAGAAUUGUUUGAGGAUAGGGAUGGUUGGUUGUCCGAGUUAAACGCAUUAAGUCCUGUUCGUGAAGUCGAUGGGUCCCCCGAGGUUCGCGUGAGGGUAUUGAGUUCCAAUGGGAAGAAGCGCUUAGCCUACAUGGCUAAGCUGGACGAGGUCAAGGUCAAGAAACGUCGUCGGUUGUCCUCCGCCCAGGGCAAUGUUCGCCCUUCGUCAGCAAAACGGACCGAGGUUACUCGUAGUCGGUCUCCGUCUGUCCUGGGAGAAAAGUCUCCCUCCCCUACCAAGGAGCCAGGGAGUGCUCGUAAGGUGUCGUUGCGGGAACAAGAUAGGCUAUGGAAGCUGUUUGUCGACGAAAGGGAGCGUUGGGAGGUUGCCAGUCCGGACGAGUCUUGCGAUAGAUGUCGUCGCGAAAUUAUCACAUACGGGAGAAAGAAAUGGCCGUGUCUGCGACCGGUUAAACCUCAUAAUCGCGGAUCCCGUUGUGCUUCCUGUACUUCCGGCCCUUGCUCGUUCUGUCCCCCCAAUAUCGCUCGGGACAUUCCCCCAAGAUCUUCUGCUCCCUUCACCCCGUCUGCCGCCGUUCGUCACCGUCUCCCCACGGCCCAGGACAAGGAAUUCCCUUCUCCCCCUCCUUCGGCGAACUUCUCCUCUCCCGGCCCGACCUCGCCGUCACCCGCCGUCCGUCGCCCGCCAAACUCUCCCGUGGCCGGACCGUCUCGUCUCCCUGCUACUCCUUCGGCAGGUUCGUCUCGUCGCGCGCCUCGUCGUGCUCCUUCCGCCUCUCUCCAGCCCUCUACUCCUGUGGCUGGUCCAUCUCGUCUCCCGGCUACCCCCUCGGCCGGUCCGUCUCGUCCUACCAGGAGCCGUCCUACUCCUGUCUCAACACAAGAGGACUCUUCUCUUAGUCUUCCUCCUGCUCUCGGUACCCGAAGCCGUCAACCAUCUGUCCCUCCUGCGACUGGGCUCUCAACCCCUGCCCCUCCUGCCAACACUUCUCCGUCGAAGGCUCCAAAAGGGAAAGGCAAGAAGAAGAAGGCUGUCCAAUUUGAACCUGCCGUGGUAGAAAAUGAAGGUACUCAGCUACCAGAGGAAAUUCCUAUUCCCCUAGACCACCCCUACGUCACCGACGAUCCUCGAAUCCCAGAGGAGGAGAAACAACUGGCUACCUUCCGUUCUCUCAUUAUCGGGUUGACCACACAGCUGCACGCCAAUCGACGAGACACGGCGAAGCUUCUCGAGUAUUGCAUGAAACUGGUCUCUGGUAUGAACACUCUGUCCCGGACAAUGGCAACUCUGGUAAGCUCGUCCGAUAUAGGCCCAUUAGCGCGGACGGAGUUAGCUAGAGUCUCUCGGGAGCUUAUUACGGAAAUGAGCGACUUCUACCGCAAUCUCUUCGACUCUCCUUUCCUCCUGAAUCCCAUCGAGUAUCUCCUCCCCCCCACGCUUGACUGGCUAAGGCCACCCAAUCCGGCUCGACUCAGUUCUCAGGAUGCUGCCUUCCUCGAUAUCCUGGCUCUUCCCCCGGACUGUCUUAGAAUUCUUCGGCAGUUAUGGAAGCUGCCUAGUCUGAAUAUCGCUCGUGACUCUGCUCUCCACGACUCCCACAUUCUGGCCUUCAAUAUGGCAUGGAGAGAGACUCGGGCCCUUCGACGGGUAGUACCACCGAAGGAUACCGAGAAUAGUUCUGGAGGUGGUCCUCCACCGGGGAACGGGGAACAGGGAGGAAGUUCGCAGCAAGCCCUCGUAGCCUAA